AUGAUUCCUCGGAUAGGUAAAGGGCUUAUGGUGGGGAUAAGGUUCUCCUGUCGGACAAUGUUUAAGAGGAGGUACCUGCUGAUUACAAACACCCUGACUGGAGGAGGCCUACUGGCGCUGGGAGACUGUGUGCUGCAGAACUGGGAGAUCCAAAAGGAGCCGCACAGAGUCUACGACUGGAUGCGGACAGGUCGCAUGUUUGUGUCCGGCUGCUCCAUGGGUCCUCCGAUGCACUACUGGUACGCCUGGAUAGACAAGAGGUUUGUCGGAACAGCUAUGACCACAGUGUGCAAGAAGGUUCUGUUGGACCAGAUUCUUGCUUCACCGGUGAUGGCGUUGAUGUAUUUUGUAGGUAUGGAGGUCAUGGAGGGACACAGUUUAUCCGAUGGAUGGGACGAGUUUAUAGGAAAGUUCUGGGAACUUUACAGGGCGGACUGGUGUGUUUGGCCUGCCACUCAGAUGAUCGGCUUCUACUUUGUCUCGCCAAAAUUCCGUGUCAUGUAUGUCAACCUUAUCAGCUUAGGGUGGGACACGUACAUGUCCUACCUCAAACACAGAGAUGAUGGUCUCCAUUCUGCGGUAUUGUCAGACAGCAGUGCUGUGGACGUUCAGCAGGAAGCACUCCCAGCAUCCAACCCUCUGGAGGACAAAGCUUCAAAGCUACAAUGCGAGACAUGUUAAUACCUCUGAUUGUUGAAGUUUUGUAGUUUUAAGCAUGAGUGAAGCGGCUGCUAAUAAUCAGAUCUCAGCAAGAUACGUA